AUGUCCACAAGUACGGGGCUCGGCUUUGCCAGCGUCAUUUUGCUGCUGGACGUGCCACAGCUGCCGGCCAUCUUUGCAGCAAACGUGUGCAGAGCCUUCCGCACUGCAGCAAAUGAGCUGAAGAGCAUUACUGCGAGGGACAUUAUUUAUCCUAACAACAGGAGUAAGGGUGUUCUUCGCAAACAGCUGCCGAAGCAGCAACAGCAGCUGCUGCUGGAGCAGCAGCAGCAGCUGCUGGAGCAGCUACAGCAGCUUAUGAAGCAGCAGCAACAGCAGCCUCUGGAGCAGCAGCAGCUGCUGCUGCGGGAGCAGCAGCUGCAGCAACGCAUCUAUAAAGAGUUUCGAAACAAAAACUACAUUCCUCUUUUUCGUCUUUUAGAAGAUUCCCCCGAACGAAAGGCCUGA